UUCGCUGAUGUUCGAUGGCAUGGUAAAUCGGGUGAUGGCGGCAGCACGGUUCUGAAAGCACAGCAGGCGGAUCUGGCGGAGCCAUGCAUCGUGAUGGAUUCUUAUAGAAGGCAUUAUCUCCCGCUAAAACUUCUAGGCGAAAAGGUAGACGCAGUUUUCCAUGUUUGAUCCAGCCGUCGCGAGCGAUGCCUCAUAAGUCGACCGUUUUAGAUCAACUGUAAAAACAGCACGGUAGGCAGCACAGCAGCGCGAACCACUAUGGCGGCUCAGGACCCCCCGAGACCACAUAAGAGCAGAAGGGUGUUGAUAGUAGCGUGGGCCGUCAUCUCCACGCUGCUUAAUUUUAUUCUGCUGCUUCAAACGAGAGACCCCGAUACAAGCAGUGCCCUUAGCAACGGAUCAAACGUGCAAGCCUCCACGCCGCUUCUCAACUCACCCCUCUACCCCCACCGGCCCUCCCACGCGCCCUCCGAAGCUGCUUGCUGGCGCCGCCAGCGCUUCCCCGACUCGCUGCGGGAGGCGGUGGAGGGACGCACGGACCCCUGGGCUCUUAUGAAGGCCAUCCCCCCCCCAUCGCCCUGCACGGUAGCAGGGCUGCAGAUGGAGCAGCUGGAGCCGCACCUCAACUUCCGGCGGGGCUACGCUCUGAAGCACGUGGGGGACGCGGAGGACCGGCUGCACAUUCUGCCGUACUUCAGAGCUCUGCAAGACCCGGCCAUGGGGCGACGGCGGCGGAGGGUAUACCUCGACUUGGGCGGCAAGGAGUUCAACUCGAGCGUGCUGUGGAUGCUGCGGCACUACCCGCUGGAUUUCACGGAGGUGCAUGUGUUUGAAGUGAAGAAGGGGCUGUUCCUCGUGCCGCCCAGACAAGAGCAGGAUGACGAGGCCCAAUACUCCCAAAUCAAGCCCAAGAAGAGACUGGAGAAAGUAUCGGUGUUCUGGCAGGGGGAUGAGCCUCCCCCGGUUCCCAACUGGAUGGCGGAGAGGAUACACGUGUACACUGACUUUGUGGACAACACGGACUACCAUAAGCACGUCAACAUCACUCGGUUUAUAAAGGAUGUGCUGCGACUCACAGCAGAGGACACUGUGGUGGUGAAGAUGGACAUCGAGGGCAAGGAGUGGGACGUGCUCCCCUCAUGGAUGCAGGACCCAGAAAUGCCAUCCAUAGUGGACGAGAUAUUUGUGGAGGUGCACUACUCGCACGCCUCUGUGCUGGGCUUUGGCUGGCGGCCAUUCAACCACACCAGACAGGAGGCGACUCAGCUGCUCGUGGACAUGAGAGCCAAGGGCUUCUUCGUGCAUCCCUGGCCUUAGAUGGCUCUACUGGCAGCAUGUGGUCAUAUGGUACCAAGUUAUGGCUCAAGGAGGGCUUUGGCUUGUGGCCGUUCAACCACACGAGACAGGAGACGACUCAGCUGCUGGUUGACUUGAGAGCCAGGGGCUUCUUUGUGCAUCCCUGGCCCUAGGUGGCCUCUGUUUUCAUAAGUUAUGAUAGAGGAGGGCAUUGGCUGGUUUCCGUUCAACCAUACAAGAGAGGAGACGACACAACACAGCUGCUGGCUGGCUUGAGAGCCAAGGGCUUCAUUGUGCAUCCCUGGCCGUGGAUGGUUCUAGGAUGGUGUGUUAGCAAAACAUGAGAACUCUUAUUGCAUGCUUCUCAUGUGCCUUGAAAGCGUUACUAUACAUUCCAUUUCCCUGUAUUUUUGUGCUUA